AUGGGGGACAUGAAAACUCCAGAUUUCGAUGACCUUCUGGCCGCCUUUGACAUCCCAGACCCCACCAGCCUCGACGCCAAGGAGGCGAUCCAGACCCCCAGUGAGGAGAAUGAGAACCCCCUCAAACCCCCAGGCAUGUGUCUGGACGAGAGCGUGUCCUUGUCCCACUCGGGGUCCUCCUCGGACGUGCCCGCCGUGAGCGUCAUCGUCAAGAACACCAGCCGCCAGGAGUCCUUCGAAGCGGACAAAGACCACCUCGCUCCCAGCCUCCUGCACAAUGGCUUCCGGGGCCCAGACCUGCCUCCAGAGGCCCACAGCCUGGGCCACAACUGCGGGAAGUUUGAGUCCGCUUUCAUGAAUGGAGACAGCGCCAGGAGCUUCCCGGGCAAGCUGGAGCCUUGCAAGUCAGAGCCGCUGCCCACCUUCAGCCAGUUCAGCCCGAUCUCCAGCCCCGAGUCGGAGGAUGCCAUCAAAGAUAACGGCUUCGGGCUGAAGCCCAAGCACUCCGACAGCUACUUCGGGCCCCCUCCCGGGUGCGGGCCUGUGGGGGGCCCAGUGCUGGAGGCUCUGGCCAAGUUUCCGGUCCCAGAGCUGCAUAUCUUCGAUCACUUUUGUAAGAAAGAGCCCAAGCCGGAGCCCCUGGCACUGGGGAGCCCGCCGGAGCAUGAGCGGGGGGCGCAGAAGGCGGCGGCGGAGCCCCCCAAGGAGCUGGACGCCAGCCGCUUCUUUGGGGAUGCUUUGGACUUCAACAGUCACCCCGGCAACAGUAUCACCGAGUCCAAGGGGCUUGCUGCCGAGCUCGGCUCCUGCUCGUCCGUGCCCCCGCGGCAGCGGCUGAAGCCGGCGCAUUCCAAGCUGUCAUCUUGCGUUGCUGCCUUGGUGGCCCUGCAGGCCAAAAGGGUCGCCAGUGUCGCCAAGGAGGACCUUCCCGGCCACACCAAGGACCCCCCGGGACCCACGAAAGAGGCCUCCAAAGGCAGCCCCAAAAUGCCCAAGUCACCAAAGAGUCCCCGGAGCCCUCUGGAGGCCACCAGGAAGAGCCUGAAGCCCUCCGACAGCCCCCGGAGCAUCUGCAGCGACAGCAGCAGCAAGGGGUCCCCUUCGGUGGCCGCCAGCUCCCCGCCGGCCAUCCCCAGAGUCAGGAUCAAAACCAUCAAGACAUCAUCGGGGCAGAUCAAACGGACUGUCACGAGGAUCCUGCCGGACCCAGACGAUCCCAGUAAGUCCCCCGCUGGGUCGCCUCUCGGGAGCGCCACUGCCGAGACCCCAAGCGAGGUGCCGGAGGACGAGGUCGCCGUCCUGCCUGUUGCCGCCGAGCACUCCCCCGAGGCGGGCACAGACACAGGGAGCCCCCAGGGCGACCGGAAAGGGCUCGAGAGCGUGCCCAAGGCUGGUGAAUCUCCGUCUCCCAGCUGUGGCUCUGGGUCCCGGGCCCCGAAGGGGGCCGCCCUGGGCCCCCAGGCGGGCAAGAAGCAGCAGCAGCAGAGCGCCGCCCUGCAGGCGUCCACCCCGGCCUCUGCCAACCUCCUGCCCAAAGCCGUGCACCUGGCCAACCUGAACCUGGUCCCCCACAGUGUGGCCGCCUCGGUCACGGCCAAGUCCUCGGCGCAGCGGCGGAGCCAGCCGCAGCCCACGCAGAUGUCCGUGCCCCUGGUGCACCAGGUGAAGAAGGCCGCCCCGCUGGCCGUGGAGGUCUUCAACAAGGUCCUCCACGGCUCCAACCCCGUGCCCCUGUACGCGCCCAACCUCAGCCCGCCCGCCGACUGCAGGAUCCACGUGCCCGCCAGCGGGUACUGCUGCCUGGAGUGCGGGGACGCGUUCGCCUUAGAGAAGAGCCUGGGCCAGCACUACGGCCGGCGCAGCGUGCACAUCGAGGUGCUGUGCACGCUCUGCACCCAGACGCUGGUCUUCUUCAACAAGUGCAGCCUGCUGCGCCACGCCCGCGACCACAAGACCAAGGGGCUCGUCAUGCAGUGCUCGCAGCUGCUCGUCAAGCCCAUCUCCGCGGACCAGAUGUUCGUGGCCCCGGCCCCGGCCCUGGCCCCCCCAGCCCCCGCGAACUCAGCCCCACCGCCGGCCCCCGCCCCGGCGCCCCCGCCCGCCCCCUCCCCCAAACACGGCCCCGCCUCGGACAGUGCCGGCUCCACCAUUCCAGCUCUGCCGCUCUACCCCGACCCCGUGAGACUCAUCCGACACGGGGUCAAGUGUCUCGAGUGUCACAAGCAGAUCCGUGACCACACCGUCAUGGCGGCGCAUUUCCAGAGGACGGCGGAGAAGACCGAGGGGCUGACGUGCCCGGUGUGCCAGAUGCUGUUGCCCAACCAGUGCAGCUUCUGUGCCCACCAGCGGAUCCACACGCACAAGUCCCCGUACUGCUGUCCGGAGUGCGGCGCCCUCUGUCGCUCUGCCUACUUCCAGACCCACGUGAAGGAGAACUGCCUGCACUAUGCCCGCAAGGUGGGCUACAGGUGCAUCCACUGCGGGGUCGUCCACUUGUCCUUGGCCUUGCUGAAAAGCCACAUCCAGGAGAAACACUGCCAGAUUUUCCACAAAUGUGCUUUCUGCCCCAUGGCCUUCAAGACAGCCAGCAACACCGCGGACCACAGCGCCACCCAGCACCCCACCCAGCCCCACAAACCCUCCCAGCUCAUGUACAAGUGCUCCUGCGAGAUGAUCUUCAACAAGAAGAGGCACAUGCAGCAGCAUUUUUACCAGAACGCCAGCCAGGCACAGGUGGGCGUGUUCAAGUGCCCCGAGUGCCCGCUCCUGUUCCAGCAGAAGCCGGAGCUGAUGCAGCACGUCAAGAGCAAGCACGGCGUUCCCCGAAACGUGGAGGAGCUGUCAAGCCUCCAGUCGUCAGCAGACACGUCCUCCAGCCGCCCCGGUUCUCGAGUCCCCACAGAGCCCCCCGCCACCAGCGUGGCUUCUCGGGGCAGCUCCCUGCCGUCCGGCCGCUGGGGCAGGUCCGAGGCCCAUCGCAGGGCUGAGGGCAAGCCCCGGCUGAGGAGCACCGGCUGGACCUGCCAGGAGUGCCAGGAGUGGGUUCCCGACCGGGAGAGCUACGUGUCCCACAUGAAAAAGAGCCACGGCCGGACGCUGAAGCGGUACCCGUGCCGGCAGUGUGAUCAGUCCUUCCACACCCCCAGCAGCCUGCGCAAACACAUCCGCAACAACCACGACACCGUCAAGAAGGUCUACACGUGUGGGUAUUGCACAGAGGACAGCCCCAGCUUUCCUCGGCCCUCCCUCCUGGAGAGCCACAUCAGCCUUAUGCACGGCAUCAGAAACCCUGAUUUGAGCCAGACGUCCAAAGUCAGAUCUCCGGGCGGACAUUCCCCUCAGGUGAACCAUCUGAAGAGACGGGUCAGCGGGGCGGAGGAGGAUGCUCCCGGCACCGACAACGGCAAGGCCCCCUCGGCCAAGAGGCCCAAGCCCCUCUUCCAGUGCGCGAAGUGCAGCUUUGCCACGGACUCGGGGAUCGAGUUUCAGAGCCACAUACCUCAGCACCAGGUGGACAGCUCCACGGCCCAGUGUCCCUUCUGCGGCCUGUGCUACACCUCCACCGGCUCCCUCAGCCGCCACCUCUUCAUCGUCCACAAGGUGCGAGACCAGGAGGACGAGGAGGAGGCGGCCGAGGCAGCGGAGGAGGCGGCCGAGCCGGAAGAGGGCUCCGGGGAGGAGGUAUCCAUGGAGACCAGGGAAAACGGACUGGAAGAAUGUACCGGUGAGCCUUUGCCAGGCGACCCGGAGGCCAGGAGGUCGCCGGGCUCGGCCCCCGAGGAGGACAUUAUCCGAGACGCUCAGAGUCCACCGCUGGCCUCUCAGGACCAGGACAGCCACGCACCGUCCCCGCAGGUGUAA